GUUCGCCAGACGUGGUCUCCUGCCCUUCUGCAGUCCACCCUUGGAUCUGUUGGUCGUUGAGUCUCUUGGUGGUUGACUCUGUGGGUUGUCGGCUCUGUUGGUUGUCCAGAGAGGUUCGCUCUAGAGACCUUGCAACCAUCGUCACCCGCGCCGCUGCGAUUUCGUGCCCUCUGCAUCUCCCAUUUUCGCAAUGCCAUCAGCCAUGAUGUGUCCGCCAUCAGUCGACGCUUCGUUGGGCCCAUGGGCCGGCCCGCAAUGUCGGGGCGGUGUUGACUUUACUCUAUUGUUCGAACUGGUCUUCUUUUCGAUCCUACCGCUCUGCGUGUUUGUCCCGUCAGCUCUGUACCGAGUCGUUGUCCUGAGAGGAUGUCCUGUCAUUGCGAAGCGUCCUAGCUCGUCCCGCCUGUGGAAGCUUGGGGCAUCGGCAUUGCUCUUCGCCUGUGCGAUCGUCGUCCUUGUCCUGCUGUCGACAAGUCUCAUCUCCUGCUAUGAGCUCGCAAUCGCAGCUGCCAGCCUCGACGUCGUCGCCGCUGGCACCAUCGGAGCAUUAUCUUGGCAUCAACAUGCCUCAUCGCCGCGACCCUCCUACCAGAUCACCCUCUUCCUUUCCAUCCACAUCUUGUUGAACCUUGCAACAGCGCGAACGCUAUGGCUGAUUUUCGGGGCCGCGGCCUUACCGAUUGCUUACCUCGUCCAUUUGAGCCUGAAAUGCAUCGUUCUCGUGCUGGAGAAUAUCGAGAAACGCCAAGUGCUCGAUGCCGAUGCAACUUACAGCAAGGAAGAAUACGCGGGGCCUCUGAGUCGCAUUUUCUUCGGAUGGCUGUCCACACUUUUCGUCGAGGGUCACAGGUCAUUCCUUGCGCUCGACACGCUCAUGCCCAUCGCUGCCGAUUUGCAGAGCUCGAGCAUCGGGAGAUUUCAAGACAAAGCCUUUGGCGGUCCCAGGAUGAAUACAAAGCUCCUCUGGCAACUGUUUGCCAACUUGCGCGCAGCAUUCCUCGUUCCCAUUAUACCUCGACUCGCUCUGAUUGGGUUCACCGUUUCGCAGCCAUGGUUGGUCCAUACGACCAUCAAUUACACCAAUAUCCCCCGUGACGAGCGAAACAAAGUCCACGGUCAAUUCCUGAUUCCAGCAUACAUCUUGACCUUUGUGGGUUAUGCGUUAUCGUCCGCGUUGUAUUGGCAUCUGGUCAAUCGCUACAUGAUCAAGAUCCGCGCCAGGUUGAUCAGCUAUAUCUAUUCUUGCACGACCAGAAGUGCCGGCGGAGCAGCUCGCGUCGACGCCAUGGCGCCCCUGACCUUGAUGACAGUCGACGUGGAAAAGGCAAUGGUCGGACUCGAGGACGUCCAUGAGGUUUGGGCAAACCUUGUACAGAUCGCCAUUGCGAUAUACAUUCUCGCUUCGCAGAUCUCUUGGGCAUCUGCAUCACCCAUCACCGUGGCUACGCUCUGCUUGUUAAUCACUGUUCCAUUCCUGGGCAAGAUCGGUGCUGCUCAGAAAAAUUGGAACCAAGCAGUCCAAGACCGGAUCUCGUUCACGACAGCGGUCCUGGAUCGCCUGAGCGAUGUACGCAGCCUCGGCAUCGGACUGGCAGCAUCUCAAGCGAUGAAGGAUCUCCGGGCACAAGAGAUUCGCAAAUCCCAUUGGUUUCGACUGCUGAUGAUGGCGGUACUUGUGAUAUCCCAAGCAACCCUAGUUCUUGGACCACUCGCAACUCUAGGUCUCUACGCCGUGGUAGUCAGCACCCAGGGCUCCUCUCAGGUUUUGGCGGCCGAAGCGUUCACUGCUCUUACAUUGGUAAACCUGAUUGCUGGCCCCUUCGGUGUCGUGGUACAAGCUCUACCGAGCAUUGCUGCAGGGCUGUCUUCCCUCGACCGGCUCGAUGCGCUUGCGAAAGUUCCUGAGGCCCCGUCAUCGAAAGGAGACAGGAGUACAGACGAGAAGAAAUCGAUGUCGGCGCGAUGCUCCACAGCCGAUGAAUCAAGCAAAGAGCCUGCUCAAAGCCUACAUGCUUUUGACCCGAUCAGCAGAGACGCGCACGAAAUCACCGAGAAUGAAAAGGUCGGCAUGGCCAUUGUCGCGAAGUCAGCAUCAUAUGCAUGGCCUUCCCAGGAGGAUGCAGUCAGAGGUGCGAGCUUCAGUGUCGCACAAGGCUCGAUCGUCGCUGUCACAGGCCCCAUUGCGUCUGGGAAAAGCACGCUUCUCCUCGGUCUUCUGGGCGAGGUCCAACGCACGGCCGGUGAUAGCUGGGUAAUGGGAGGAGAAGUUGGCUUCUGUGCUGAGUCACCCUGGCUCUUUUCGGGGACUGUGCGCCGUAAUAUUCUCUGCGGUGCCACUCUCGUGGACUCCUGGUAUCGCGAGGUCGUGGCAGCCUGUGGCCUCGAGCAUGAUUUGGAGAUCUGGCCCGACGGCGAUAUGCAUGAAGUCGGCAACGAAGGUGGGAACCUGAGUGGAGGUCAACGUCAACGUGUGGCUCUGGCUCGCUUGGUUUUCGCAAGAAGAAAGAUCGCGGUGCUCGACAACCCUUUCAGUGGUCUUGAUCCGGCUACCGCGCAGCAUGUGGUACAAAAGCUCAUGGGUCCUCUCGGACUCUUCCGGCGCAAUUCAACCACUGUCGUGAUCGCCUCAAACUCUGCGAGCGUCAUCGCUGUCGCGGAUCAAGUCUUCGUGAUGGAUGCUCACGGUGGCCUGACCGUCACGACCAGUGACGACAAGAUCAUGGCUAUGACUGUGCUGCCUGUCACGACCACGGUCAGGGAGGAGCAGGGCAGAACCGACGACUCCACAAACGCAGACCUUCGCCUACUCGAAGCAAAGGCCGACCUCAAGAGAAAGACUGGAGACUGGCGCAUCUACUCGUUCUACACGAGAGCAGCCGGCCUCUUGAACACGGUGAGCUUCCUGGUCGUCUGUCUGGCUUGUGCCUUCUGCUUCCAGUUUUCCACUAUCUGGGUCCAGUGGUGGUCAGAAGCGCGUGCGGACAGCCCUGUCCACUCGACCGGGUACUACAUUGGGAUAUACGCUAUGUUGAGCAUCCUGGGUCUUGCGGGUAUGGGAGUCGCCGCCCACUUGCUGCUCGUGACCAUGACGACCGCUUCGGGCACGCGUCUGCACUCCCUUCUGGUGCAGACAGUGUUUGCCGCGCCGGCAGCAUUCUUCAAGACUUUGGACAGUGGUGUCACGCUCAACCGCUUCAACCAGGACCUGCAGAUGCUUGACUACUCACUGCCCCUUGCCGGCUUCAACACCGUCAUAUUCGCGGCACUGUGCGCCUUGCAGGCCAUCAUCAUCUCCGUAUCGAUCCGCUUGAUGGCCGUCACAAUUCCUCUCGUGUUGGCUGUCAUCUAUGUCGUGCAGAAGUUCUACCUGAGGACUUCGCGGCAGCUUCGUCUGCUAGACAUAGAAGCCAAGGCCCCCUUGUACAGCAACUUCAAGGACACCGUUCAUGGUAUGCCGACGAUGCGCGCAUUCGGUCGUGGAUUUGGAGACUUUCUCAAGGCCGAACACCUUCACAGGCUGGACAUGUCCCAGCGGCCGAUCUACCUUCUCUACACGGUGCAGCGAUGGUUGGCUCUAACAAUGGACCUGCUGGUGGCCCUGCUCGCAACAAUUUUGAUAGUCGUCGCCACCGAGGCCCCCGACACGACUAUUUCUGGCGCCGCAAUGGGUGUGGCUCUGGUCAACCUCACUUCGUUUAAUCAAUCCCUGACUGCGCUUGUCCGGUACUGGGCAUCCCUGGAGACGUCUUUGGGUGCGGUGGCAAGAAUUCGAGACUUCUCAAUAAACACUCCUGUGGCAAGCGGCGUGGACUCGGUUGCGUCUCGGACAAGUGCCUGGCAACAAGGUCCCACAGAUAGCCUGGAGCUCGAAGGCGGAGCUCAUCAUCGCCAGUCUGACGAGAUUCGUUUUCAGAGUGUAUCCGCGACAUGGGAGGCAGGGCAAGAUGCCUAUGCCGUCGAGGCCAAGGACGCGAAUCAAAGUACUGGCGCGGGGAUUAUCAGCCAUAGCGGGCCUAGUGACGGGCAUUCAGCAAGCAGCCACGCGAGAGUCUUGUCGUCUGUGACACUGACAUUCCGUCCUGGCUCCAAGACGGCGAUCAUGGGCAGAUCCGGCAGCGGCAAGUCUACUCUGCUCUCGGCACUGUUCCGUAUCGUCCCCAUCUCCUCUGGAACCAUCACCAUCGGCGACUCUGACCUGUCCACCAUGGAUCCGGACCUCGUCCAGCGCCGGCUAAAUGCGGUGACGCAGAUGGCAUUCUUCCUGCCGGCCCGGACCAUCAGAGAGAAUCUCCUCUCCAGCUCUGGGCCCGACCUGCUUGACCCUGCCACGGCCGAGGGAAGCUCUGAUGUGCCCAUGCUGAACGAAGUGUUGGCGAGUGUUGGUCUCAGCAAGGCACUCGAAGAGCGCGGGGGGCUCGAUGCGGAACUGGUGCCGACGAAUUGGUCCAAGGGCCAAAUGCAGCUCUUGAGCCUGGCGCGGGCAGUUGUCAAGGGCCGCUUGCUCAGACGGAAGCCGCAGUCUGGGUGGAAGAUAUUGAUCCUCGACGAGAUCGCGAGCAGCGUUGAUACCGACACGGCCGAACUGAUGCGACAGAAUAUAAAGACCGAGUUUGCAGACUACACUGUGUUGUCGGUGGUGCAUAACACGAGCGGCAUCGAGGAGGACAUGGAUGAGGUCGUGGUGCUGGACCAGGGAAGGGUGGCUGCCCAGGGUCCCCCAAGGCAGGUGCUGCCCCGCCUCAACGGUUAGGACCCUGAAAAGCCACCUGGGCACCCCCCUGGAGGGGUCUGUGGAAGGAACGGGUCUCCGACAAGGCACAGGUGCAGUCCUGGUCCUCCAGGUAUUCUACUAGUGAGAAACAAAGCCUUGUUGCAACUGCAUCCACUA